AUGGUUGAAAAGGAAGAACAACAACAUCCUUUGGUGAACGUUGAAGGAGUAGUCGUACAAGUGCAGAAAAAGGAACGAAUCGCAAUCGCUCAUGCAAUUCAUUAUGGACGUAUUUUCAUAUCUGCGAGAUUUUAUAAUGAAAAUAUCAUCGAAUUUGGCAAGUGGAUUUCAAUGCAGAUCGAUUCUGAUCCAUUUAAUAAAGUUGCGGAAGCUAAUAAUUGUCAGUUUAAAUGUGCGAAUUAUCCAAAACAAAUUGAUGAUGUGCUUGAAGGUCAUGUUUCACGAAAAAACGGUAAUUUGCGUCUUCUUAUGGAAACUCAUGUUUUCGUUGGCGCUGAAACUUUCAAAGGUUUCGUUGGUUUAAGUUCCAAACUUGGAAGAGUAUUAUUUACCCGUAAAUUUUGUGAAAAAUUUAAAUUAGUGUCGUUAACAUGGAAGAAAUGUGGAGUGAGCAGUAUUGAGCCAUCGCCAGAAAAUCUUUAUUGUUCAUGGGAAGUAAUUUCAUGUAUGAAUGAAGAUGACGACGACCCGAAAUUAGAACUAUCUAUUCGCAAAUGCAAUGGAAAACUUUUCACUUUCCGCGGUCGUAAUAUUUGUAUUCUACAGUUAUUUAAUCAACAGGGUUUUGUUACGGUGUAUGCCACUGAUUUUUCACAUCCUAUAAGAAGUGAAAAGCUUAUUAAAGAAGCACAAAAUAUCGAGGUCUAUACCAGCACAUUACCCGAAGGAUUACCUCAUUUUCCCAUUCAUGUUUGUUACGCUCGUAUUUUGGAUGAAGCUUAUAUCUCAGACGUUGUAAAAGAUAUCCACAAGUCAAUAAUGAAUAAUCCUGGUGAUAUUGUACGAAAAAAGGAAAAGUUAGUUGAUUUAGCAGAAACCACUGCAUCUACAAGUACCUACAAUAAUAAUGAGAUAUGUAAACCAUUUUGUGAGACAUUGCCAUUGAUCGAAGAAAUAUUGUCACAGCCAUCAACAGCGAAGUUUAUUCAAAAAAUUGAUCCGAAAUUAUAUAGUGAUUUAUGCUUAUUUACUGCAAAAUAUGGUUAA